AUGAUUCCUCAGACGACAUCAACUACAAUUUGUUCAUCGUUCUGGGUUUCAACACCUAUCGGUCGAUCAUUCGAUCUUCGUUUUUAUCAACAUGAACAACUAUCACCACAAUUAAUACUUGAAGAUAAAGUGUUACGUUCAGCUGUUCGUUUACAAAAUAAUUCAACAUAUAGUUCAAAAAUAAAAUUUAUUGGAACAUUAAUAACAGAUGAUGAAUCACAACGUUUAACAUAUGUUAUUGAUCGUUUAAUAUUAAAAGAUUCAACAACAAAUGAAUUUCAUAAUCAUCAACCAUUGACUGGAGAAUUUCUUAUACCUAUUCAAUGUAAUAAUAAUAAAAAUUCAACAACAAUUAAUAAUUUUAUACAGGAUGGUAUUAAAGAAAUUGACGAUUAUUGUCAUUCCUCCUUAGCAAUUGAAUUACAUCGAUAUUCAUAUCUUUGUGGUCAAAUAUCCUUAAUGAAUUCGACAUCUUUAAAUAUUGAUUUAUCAUUUGAUCUUAUAACAAUAAAAAAUAGUUUUACAUUAACACCAAUUAAUUCUGAUUAUAUUCAAAUAUUACCAACAGCUUUAUUUAAAAAACUUAGUUCAUCAAAAGAAAAUAAUGUUCAUAUGAAUCAAUCAUAUUUUGGUUAUUGUAGUUUAGAUCGAACAACAAAAAAUAAAAUUUUAUUAAUACUUGAAAAUGAUCCACAAGCAUAUUCAUUACCAUUAAUUGGAAUUUGGGUAUCGAAUAUUAUCAAUAUUCAAUGUGUAUUUGUUUGGGCAGCAUGUAUUCGUUAUUGUAUGAAUUCAUCAUUAAAACAACGUCUUCGUUCUGGAAUCAAUUCUCAACAAUCAUUUUUACUUGCAUGUUAUUUAUCAACAUCAUAUAAUCAAUGGAUUUUUUAUGAAGUUUCUUUAAUAACAACUAAUUCAUUACCAUCAAUGACUAUUGAUUAUGAUUUAUGGACAUGCUCAAAAAAUAUUAUCAUGUCGAGUUCAAUAUUAAAUCAAUAUGAUGGAAAUUCUAGUGCACAAAUUCCAUAUGAUUUUGAAUUUAAACGUAUUUAUGAUAAAUCAAAAAGUUUUCCUGUAUUAGAAAAUCAUUCAGAAAAUAUUUCUUUUCCUAUUCCAAAUCAAACUAUUCAAUCAAUUAAUAAUAUUCGAUUGCUACCGGAUAUAUCUUUUUUUUCUACAGAAAUACUUCCAGAUAAUAACGAUAAUCAUCAUCAAAGUACAGUUUCAGCAACUAAUACAAAUGGAAGUUUAUUUGGUGUUCCUCGUUUACCACCAAGACAAUCAAUAAAUCAAUCACCUUCAUGGGAUUUAUUAUCAACGACAACAAUAGAAACUCCUAAACGAAAUAUACGUUCAUUAAGUGCAUCUUCUAGAUCAAAACAGUGUCCAUCUCUAGUAUCAUCAACAAUUAGUAAUGAUAUUCAAUGGAAAGAAGAAUUAAUGGAAAGAAUGCAGUCAUAUGAUAAUCAUAUUCAAUCAUUAACUGCACUUGUUGUUCAACUUUUAGCUAAUCAAAAUCAACAACAAAAUCAUUUACCAUUAACAACAAUAAAAGAAUCUACUAAACGUGAUGUUGCUGUACAAAGUGAACCAUUAUCAUCAUAUUUAAAUGAUCAUAUGGGUGAAUCAUUAUUGAUGAUGAAAAAUAAUCAGCAUAAUUCAUCAUCAUCACAUAUUGAACAUAGUCAACAACAAACAUCAUUCAUUGAUACAACUGAUACAACACCAUUGACUCAAGUUCAACCAUCAUUGCCAUCAUCAGUUGCUCAUCAACGCGAGCCAAUGAUCGAUUGUUCAUCUCUUCGUAAAUCAACUACACCUAUUCAGUCAAAAUCUCCUCCAUCUUUAUCAAUUUCUACAGAUCUCAAUCCUGUCGAUAUUCUCAAACCAAUUUUUCAAUUUAUAGAUAAUCAACAACAAAAACAACAAAAAGCUACACCUUCAUUAAUGACAACAUAUAAUUCAACUGAUGCAACAUUAUUAAAAUUAAAUGAUAAUGAAACUGAACAUCAAACUGAAAAUAUGUUUCAUUUAGCUAAUGUCAUUCAACAACAACAACAACAACAUGUCAUAUCGACAAGAACAACUGGUAUAAGUCUUAUUUCUAAUGGUGUUCAAAUGCAAUUUAUUAAUCAACAAAGUAGUACAACCACUGUUUAUCCACAAUCACAAUCUAUUAGUACAUCUUCACCUCCAAUUGAACUUCCAACAUCUCCACAUAAGUCUGAAAAUAAUCUUUCUAUUGAAGUUCAUAGUUUAGAAAUGAAAUAUCUUGAAGAUGAUCAAUUAGCAGUUGCGAUUGAAUGUGAUCGACAAUCACAAAAAACACUUAAUGUAUUACCACAAACAUCUCAAAUUGUUGAUAAAAGUUUGUCCUUUGAAACUCAAGAAUAUUUACGAAGAUAUGACCUUUUGACAGAUUCUAAUGAUUAG